UGCUCCUACUAACAGUGCAGCGUAAUUUAUAAGCUCAUCACCUUUGGGGGGAGCAGAACUAGUACAUCUACACAGUCUACACAGACUCUCAACAUGAUAAAGUGUGAGGCUCAUUGGCACUGCAGAGAGGUUCUCAUCCCCAGCAGGACCCCCGGGGAGCAGCAGGUGAAGCCACGUGUGUUCACAGCUCACGCCAAAUGCAUAACAGGGUAGAGUCCUUUGCUCACAUGCAGACGACGCGGUUAUGAAUCUGACCACAUCCUUAGUGUCUUCUGGCUCACACACACGGCGGGGGCUCGGACGGCCAAUGGAGAGCUAUGAUUCCGUUGGAUGUGGUUCAGGGGUGUGUUGUGGGCUGCUUCGUGGAACUGGCUUUGGGAAAGAGGGUUAUCUGCUGCUGAUAAGGGCCACAUUUAAAAGACUGGGCCAGGAGGAGACUAGAUGAUUCGCCUCUGCCUGCCGGAGGGAGCAGCGACUCACACAGCCUCUGAGCAGCCAUGCUGCUGCUGCUGGUCCCCGCGUACGUUGCCAGUGUGUUUUUAGCUCUCGGGGUUGUUUGCUUGCCCCUAACAGAUCAGGGUCUCCACAUGGCCGACGACUGGGGCCAGUCGGUCCGACUCAAGCACCUGUACGCCGCCAGCCCGGGACUCCACCUGCUGAUCGGGGAGGAUGGUCGGAUCCAAGGCUCGGCGCAGCAAAGCCCCUACAGCCUGCUGGAGAUCAGUGCAGUGGAUCCGGGCUGUGUGGUCAUCAGAGGAGUAGCAACCGCACGGUUUCUCUGCAUCGAAGGCGAUGGAAGACUGUACUCAUCGGACACCUACAGCAGAGACGACUGCACCUUCAGGGAGCAGAUCCUCCCGGACGGCUACAGCGUCUACGUCUCCCAUGGACACGGGGCCCUGCUCAGCCUGGGGAACCACAGGCAGAGGCUGCAGGGUCGAGACCACGGCGUGCCGGCUCUGGCCCAGUUCCUCCCGAGGGUCAGCACCAUGGAUCAGGCCUCGGCCCCCGACGCGCCCGGGCAGACCGCCACCGAGACGGAAGAGCCCGUGGACUCGUUUGGAAAGCUCUCUCAGAUCAUUCACAGUCCCAGCUUCCACGAGAGAUGAGCCCGUUGCUCUGGGGCUCCACGGAGACCCGGGCUGUCAAACCCGCUUCAGCUUCGGGCCAGAUCCGGCCCACUCUGAUCCAAGGGGGGAGGGGGAGGUGACCGGUAAACGGUGCGGCCGACGGGGGACUGGACACAAUACAAGCGCAGUGUGUGCGCAGGAGAACGACACCAGCAGUAUAAUAUAUAAUGUUGUAUUCUGUCACUUUCCAUUUAUUGAGCAAACAGCCAGGGAUCUCGUUCCUCCUCCCCAACGCGAGCGGCGGGGAAUAAAGACACGCUAACGUCUACGAGUAGCGCCCACGGGAAGUCAGUCCACCUUCGGUCACGGAGGCCGAUCAGCGGGCGGAGUGGCACCAGCAGGCCGACGCGCUGCAGACGUGUCUGCCGUCUCACACGCUGCCUGUGGACAGGAAGAGGAAGACGCUGUCCUACCAGCAGAUGAGGAUCAGCUCGUAGUGAAAUGCAUUAAAAGAUGAAUACUAUUCCACCCCAGACUUAAAGGGUUUGUCCUCCAGUGCAGUAGUUUGCCUGUAAAGAGGUGCAGUGUGAUUCAUGAACGCACUGUUGCAUCUUCUGUUUGAGUGAUGUUUCUAGUCACAUGUAAAGCAACAAUAUGCAUUUGUUGAUAUAUUUCGAAUAAAGUCUUCAAAGCAUUCUAAGAACAGCAUGUAAUGAAUACCUAUCACCUUAGGAUGCAAAU